UCGUAUUGAUCUCUAUCCGACUCAUUCCUUCGUCCACCUCCCGCUGCAACGACUACGAACGCCCAACUUAAUCCCUUUGAUUCCACUUAACACUAUCUGCCCGCAGGAGAAGAAGAGAUUGCCCUCGCCGACGAUGGGAUCUCCCGCUGCCGCCGAGAUCCGUUGCUCCUCCGGAGCCCUCACCCUCCUCCGCCUCCUCCUCUUCCUCAUCGUCCCUCUCAUUUAGCUGUCUUCCUCUUGCUCGAGCUCCAAAGGUCCCGCCCGCCUUUUGCUUCUUAUGGUCAAACACCCCCACCGGGGUCUCCGCAGAGCAAUCGGGGAUCGGCUGAUUGGCUUUGUGGCUCCUUUUCGGCGUUGCUUAGUGCUGCUUAAAGUCAUUGGAUUUUGGAGGACUCUGGAUUGCGUUUGUGUCUCAAGUUUUUGUACAUAAUACCAUCCGGUUGCCGGUCAGAGAAAAUUUUGGUCUCUUCGGCAGGGUGUGGAUUUUGUGGCUUUUGAUUGUUGUGCUUCGUGCUUGCCUCUCUUUGAUUUUUGGGACCCGAAGAACCCGGAAGGCUUGCUUUUUUUUUUUUUUUUUUGGUUUUUGUAUGAUCUCUUCUCGUUUGGAGUUUGCGAGAGAUCUUGACAGGGAAAUAGGAAAAGUUUACGGAGGGAAGGGGAGCUGCUAGGUUUCUUUUAUGACUGCGAGCGGUUCCUGUUUAUGGGAGUAGUCAACUACCCGAUUCUCGAUUUGAUACUAAAGGUCAGAUCUUGGUUGAGCUUUCCACUGGACGUCUUAUCGGAGUCUUUGAUGUCGUCCGGCGGUGAUCCUGUCACGUGCUGCGAGUGCAGAGAAUUGGGGUUCGGCUACCGGUGCCAAAGUUGUGGCCGGUUGCUCUGCCGGAAGUGUAUGCUCGGUGCUUCUCCGGUGCCGGACCGAGCAGAGCAGAAGCCCGUUUUCUGUAACUUCUGCUUUCGAGGUGACAAUGGACCUUGGGACGCAGCGCAGCAGCGUAGCAGCACGUGCGCCAAAAUUUAUCCUUUUGUCUCACCGAAGUCGCCACUCUCCAGAUCCAGUACUGACAGGCUCGGCCAAUCGGAGUUGCGAGAGUUAUCAUCUCCGCGCCCUCUUCGUUGUUCGACUAAUAGGAAUUACGAAGAAGACGAGGGUGAUGAUGAGGGGAAGCAGUUUUUCACCCCAUUGAGUGUGUUCUCUCGAGAUACCUCUGACAUAGAAUCCAUGAGCAUUUGUGCUGGAAAUGAUUUGUACUUCAGGUCAGCAAAUUCAAGUCCUUUGGAUAGCCCUUGUAGGCCUGUUGAACAAGGGUUGGUUAGUUCUUUCUUGGGAAAGAGUGGCCUUUCAGAUCAAGGCUCUCCAGAGCAGCUGAAAAAAUAUGGAGCAGAUUGUGAGGAAUCGCCAGAGAAUUCUGGUGAUAUCUCUGGCAAUUUCCUGGGAUCCCGGAAUCAAGAAAGUCAAAUGGCUACGCAUAACUUUAAUUUUGAAAAUGAUUGUAUUUUUGACCCUCCAUUCCCUGAGGAUGAACAGGAUGAUAUGGAAACCAGUUUCUUUGGAUUUAAUGACGAGGAUGAUGAUGUCGGGGAGUCAGCUAAACUCUUUAAAUCUAGUAGCUUCAGUAGUGACCCAAUGCAGACCAAAGAGAAGUCUAAUGAAUCCCACAAGGAGGCUUUGCGGACUGCUGUUCAUGCACAUUUUAGGGCUCUUGUGUCACAAUUAUUGAAGGGAGAAGGCGUCCAUUCUGGGGUUGACUUAGAGGGGCCAGACUGGCUGGAGAUAGUAUCCUCACUGGCAUGGCAAGCUGCAAAUUUUGUCAAACCAGAUACUAGCAAAGGUGGUAGCAUGGAUCCAGGUGAUUAUGUGAAAGUCAAGUGUGUAGCAUCAGGAAAUCCAAAUGAUAGUACCCUAGUGAAGGGAGUAGUUUGUACUAAGAAUGUGAGACACAAACGCAUGGUCUCGAGGCAUCGAAACCCUAGGUUGUUUCUUUUGGGUGGAGCAUUGGAGUAUCAAAAGGUUCCAAGCGGAUUAGCAUCUAUAGGAACUCUACUUGAGCAGGAAACCAAUUACAUGAAGUUAGCUCUUUCUAGGAUAGAGGCACUUCGGCCCAAUGUGCUUCUUGUUGAAAGAAGUGUUUCCUCAUAUGCUCAAGAGUAUCUGCUGGGGAAAAAAGAGAUAUCUUUAGUGCUAAAUGUCAAGAGGUCACUUUUAGAGAGGAUAUCACGAUGUACUGGUGCUCAGAUUGUUCCAUCCAUUGAUAGUGUUGCUUCAGCAAGGCUUGGACACUGUGAAAUGUUUUGGAUAGAAAAGGUGUAUGAUGAAUCUUCAUCUUCCAAACAUCGGAAGAGGCCCAGUAAAACUUUAAUGUUUUUUGAAGGCUGCCCACGACGUUUAGGGUGCACGGUUCUUCUAAGGGGAGCAUGCCUUGAAGAAUUGAAAAAGUUAAAGCAUGUUGUUCAAUAUGCAAGCUUUGCAGCAUAUCAUCUUUCAUUAGAGACCUCAUUCCUUGCAGAUGAGGGUGCAUCACUUCCUAAACUUCCUAUAGGGCCUCCAGUUACCUUGCCUAUGAAGCUUACUGAGGCUGAUGACUUUGUCUCAUCAGCUUCUAGUUUGGCUGCCUUUGCUGAACAAGGUGUUGGUAACAGUCAUGAGAAAGAUAGGUCAUGCGGCAAACUUGACAUAGAGAGCCAGGCUAUAUCAUCAGAUAUUAUGCAUUUGAAUAAAGAUGUUUUGGAGCAUAGUUCUGAACAACAAAAAUACAAUAAUUUGUUUGAGCAUACCAGCAUUCACGAUAUUGAUGGCUUUUCUGCUCCAUAUUCUGAAAACAGCGGGGGCAUUGCUUUUAGAUCUACUUCAGAUAUUUGCUAUUGUGGGUCAACAGGUUCAAGAUUUGAGUUUUAUUGCAAUGAGCCCACUUCCUUUCCACCUUUUCCUAUUGAAUUGAACAAUCACCAAGAUGAAGUGCUGGAGAAAUUAGUAAAAGAAAGAAGCAACUUAGCUAGUGACCGACUUAGAUCAGAUGAUGAACAUAAAAAAUCAGAUAUUGCUAUCAAGAAUGACGUUCCUGGAGACUACUUCUCAGCUGCAGACAAUCAUCAGAGCAUAUUGGUUUCCUUAUCAAGCACUUGCAUUAAAAAGAGUAGAGUUUGUGAGCGUUCUCAACUUUUCCGCAUCAAAUUUUAUGGUAGCUUCGAUAAGCCCUUGGGGAGAUAUCUUCGUGGUGACUUGUUUAAUGAGACAUAUUGUUGUCAAUCUUGUAAAGAGCCAACAGAAUCCCAUGUUCGGUGUUAUACUCACCAGCAGGGCAGCCUUACUAUUAUGGUCAGGCGACUUCCUUCCAUGAAGUUGCCUGGUGAACGUGAUGGGAGGAUAUGGAUGUGGCACAGAUGCCUCAGGUGUGAAAAGGAUAAGGAUGGAGUUCCUCCAGCCGCACGCAGAGUAAUCAUGUCUGAUGCUGCAUGGGGGCUUUCUUUUGGGAAAUUUUUGGAGCUUAGCUUUUCGAGUCAUGCAACUGCUAACCGAGUUGCAAGUUGUGGUCACUCUCUACAGAGAGACUGCCUUCGGUUUUAUGGGUUCGGAAGCAUGGUUGCCUUCUUUCACUAUUCUCCUGUGGAUAUUUUAUCUGUUUGCUUACCACCGUCAGUUCUGGAUUUCACUUUCCAAAUUCAGCAAGAAUGGUUGAAACCGGAGGCAGUUCUGGUAUUCAAUAAAAUAAAUGCCUUGCAUGGUAAGAUAUCUGAUGUGCUCCAUGCAACUGAGAGGAAGAUCAUGACAUCUGAGGAUGAACCUUUAAAGGCAAGCAUCCAUAGGCACAUUAUAAAGCUGAAGGAAUUGCUUGAAAUAGAAAGACACGAUUUUGAUGUCUUGCUUCAACCAGUUAUAGUUGGGAAUACUCAACCUUUACGGGUAAUGGUUGACAUCUUAGAGCUUAAUCGGUUGAGACGUGAAAUUCUAUUUGAUUCUUACACGUGGGAUCGUCGACUCUAUUCUUUGGGAUUGUUGUCCAAAGAAAAAGGCCGUACCAUCAUUGAUUCACAGCUGACAGAUAUUUCAUCUAAAACCAAUAUGAGAGAAUGGAGGGAAGAAAUGCUUGGGAAAGAUGGAACAUUUGGAAGAGAAGUUACUGACAAGUCAUCCUACUUUUCAGCAACUCAAAAAUCUAGUUUUUCAAAGCAGCAUGAAGAGCUUAGCUUGCGGGUUAUGGAGUGUAACACAAACAACAUGGUUGAAAUGGACCUGUCUAUUGAAUCCGUCGAAGGCUUUGCAGGCUCAGCAAGUUCUAACUUUGUUUCUAGUAAUAAUGAUGGAUGGGAUGAUACAUCAAUAUUUGAUGACACUGAAAGUACAUUUUUGGAGAAUUCAACUUCACCAUUGUCUAGUCUAUCAGAUAAAAUUGAUUUGGCAUGGAGUGGUUUGGGUCAGUUAAUGACGGAUCAACUAAAAGGUGGUUCAGAAGCUGAUACAUCUGGACCUUUGAUGGAGAAUCCAUGCUACAGUAGGUUAAAGUCCCCAUUAAGAGUUUAUUCAUUUGAUUCUGCUUUAAGAUUUCGAAAAGGAGUACAUGGUCGUUUCCUUCCUGCUUCACUGCAUUUGCCUUCAGCAAAAUCAUUCGAUUUCUCUGGAGGUCUUGCUAGUAUGCCAAAGGAUCCGAUUACAAUCAUGAGAAGAGCCUACUCACAAAGUUCUCCCAGUACAGUUCAGAGAUUGGAUGAUCUUCUCAAUCACAUACCUCUACGUAUCUCAUCAUCUUUGGAAAAGAUAGCUGAAGGGGCACGGUUGCUUCUACCUCAAAAUGCUCUUGAUGAUAUUGUUGUUGCAGUUUAUGAUGAUGAACCCACCAGUAUAAUAUCCUAUGCUAUAACUUCCCAAGAGUAUAAUGACUACAUAGUGCCUAGUUUGGAUGAAACUGUCUCUUGUAUGUUGAGGAAAGGAAGUAGUGUUGUUAAUAUUGUUGGUGCAGCAACUCAACAAUCAAAUUUGCAGUUUCAUUCUGAUGUUGGACCUGAUGAGCCUCAACUUUCUCGGGUGAACCCAUUAGAUCCUAAGGAAACACAUUUCAGAAUUUCUUUUGACGAUGAUUAUUCAAUUCCUUCAGACAAGGCAAAGUUUUCUGUUACAUGUUAUUUUGCAAAGCAAUUUCAUGCACUAAGGAAGAUAUGCUGCCCAAGCGAAUUGGAUUAUAUACGUUCUUUGAGCCGCUGCAAGAGAUGGAGUGCACAAGGUGGUAAGAGCAAUGUUUACUUUGCCAAGUCAUUGGAUGAAAGAUUCAUCAUAAAGCAGGUCACCAAAACAGAGUUAGAUUCCUUUGAGGAUUUUGCUCUUGAAUACUUCAAAUAUCUGACACAGUCCAUAACUUCUGGUAGUCCCACCUGCCUUGCUAAAGUCCUUGGUAUUUAUCAGGUGGCUGUCAAGCAUUCAAAAGGUGGGAGGGAAGUGAAAAUGGAUGUCAUGGUAAUGGAAAAUCUCUUUUUUAAGAGGAAUGUUUCAAGAGUUUAUGAUCUCAAAGGCUCAUUACGCUGCCGUUAUAACCCUGAUUCCUCGGGAAACAAUACAGUUCUACUAGAUUUGAAUCUAUUAGAGACAAAGCCAAUAUUUUUGGGAAGCAAGGCAAAGAGAAGAUUGGAGCGAGCUGUGUGGAAUGAUACUUCUUUUCUUGCAUCUAUUUAUGUCAUGGACUAUUCGUUGCUGGUCGGCAUCGAUGAGACACACAAAGAGCUAGUGAUAGGAAUCAUAGACUUCAUGCGGCAGUAUACAUGGGACAAGCAACUUGAAACAUGGGUAAAAGCCUCUGGCAUCCUUGGUGGCUCGAAACAUGCAACUCCAACCGUAAUAUCUCCAUUGCAAUACAAGAAAAGAUUCAGAAAAGCCAUGUCAAAUUACUUCCUUACUGUCCCUGACCAUUGGUCCUCUUGAGUCCUUUUUCCAGCUGCAAGGUAUUCGAGGCAUUGUUUCAACAGUAAUUAUAGAUGAAUAUACCAUUACGAGCUAUUCUACAAAGAUCAGAGUAGUUACCUUCUUACACUGUAUUUCAUUGAUUUAUUCAAUCUUGCCCUACUUGUAUCAUGCUUUUUGAAUUCGAUAUAUGGGGACGAGUUCUCUGAGCAUCAAGCAUUGCCUUUUGCCCUGCUUAGCAGAGUCUGUAUUCAUCAAGUUGCUCAAUCGUCACAGUUGCUGUAACAUGUAAUCUCUGUUAAGCCCUUGUACUCUCAAACUUUAGUGCAUGAAGCAAUUGUGGAUGACAAACAUGAAAGUUUCA